AUGGGGCCCCGUCGCAAGGCCGCAGCCAGCGACAAGCGUUCAAAAAAUGUGCCGUCCACCACUGCUGUCGCAAGGAAAAAGGAAGAACCAUCCCUGCCCCUCGAACUUCAACAGCUGAUGUUGCAGCAAUUCACACUUGCUUUCCCAUUCGCCGACGCCACUGACCUGAAGGACGUUGUUCAAGUCGUCAAAGGACAUUUGUACAACCGCAACUUUGCUGACGCGUUUGGCAAGCCAGAACACCUCGAGGCCUAUGCUGUACGAUGGAGCGCCAGCCGGGCGCUAGGCUAUGCAGACCUUCUCGUUACGCUCGAUCUACCUGCAACGCAGCUGGUGUUCGAUUCGCCAGAGCCCAAUAGGGAAGAAAGCAAACCAGUGAAUGUCAUAUGCAUAGGCGGCGGGGCAGGCGCCGAGGUCGCUGCCCUGACAGCUGUCAUAGGACGCAGGUCUCGGAUACCCAUAGAGAUCACCGCAGUGGACGUGGCGGACUGGUCGCACGUGCUCUCGAAACUCGAAACUGCUUUGACCACUGCGCCGCCGCUUUCUGCGUAUGCGAGUGAGGCGGCCAAAGCUGCCAACAAAGCAUUCGUGGAGCGUGAGACUCUGCAGCUCAAAUUUAUGCAGCGUGAUAUCCUGGCUGACUGGGAUGCGACGCUGCGAGAGACAGUACAUUCUACAGAGCUUGUGACAGUCAUGUUCACGCUCAACGAGCUCUUCUCGGCCUCUAUACCUAGAACCACCAAGAUGCUCCUCGAGCUUACGGAGAAUAUGCGAAUUGGCUCGCACUUGCUGGUCGUGGACAGUCCAGGAAGCUACUCGGAGAUCACGCUUGGGAAACAGGCGGAAGGUGAGGACACGGAGCGCAGGACAAAGCGUUAUCCAAUGCAGUGGUUGCUGGACCAUACACUGGGCGAGGUGGCGGCAGGCAGCUGGGAGAAGGUAUUGGGAGACGAAGGUCGGUGGUUCAGAGUGGGCCAAGGCGUAGGAGCGCGGUACACGAUCGAGCUUGAGAACAUGCGGAUGCAGGUGCAUCUGUACCGAAGGGUAGAGACAAAGUAG